GUUGGAUUUGCAGUUUCUACAGAACCUGCCUCCUCAAAGGGAGGGCACGUGAACAGUUGCCGAUCACUUCAAGGCCAAGUACAAAACAACCCAGACAUGUCUCACUGUGUCAAGAUGACGGUUCUUCAAGUUUUUUCGAAGCUGUGCAGACCUGGGCUGCAGGCCUUCAGCACUGGAGUCAGGAAGUUCUCUCUCUCUCCAAAUGGUGCAUCCCAAAGUCACUUUGAUGUAUUAGUGGUGGGAGGUGGAACAGGAGGAAUUACUAUGAGUGCUCGGCUGAAGAGAAAAGUGGGAGCUGGAAAUGUAGCCAUCAUUGAACCAAGUGAGAAGCAUUACUAUCAGCCCAUGUGGACCCUGGUGGGUGCUGGAGCUAAACCACUGAACAAAUCAGGGAGAUCAACAGCCAGUGUUAUCCCAUCAGGAGUCACAUGGAUCAAGUCCAGUGUUCAGGAAUUUGAUCCAGACAAGAAUCUUGUUCGUAAUGACGACGGCACACAGGUCUCCUACAAAUACUUGAUUAUUGCGUUGGGAUUGCAGCUGCAAUAUGAAAAGAUUAAGGGACUUCCUGAGGGGUUCAAUGAUGGUAAAAUUGGCUCGAACUACUCUGUAAAUUUUGUUGAGAAAACCUGGAAAGCCUUACAAGAUUUUCGUGAGGGAAAUGCCAUUUUUACCUUUCCCAAUACACCCGUUAAAUGUGCUGGGGCUCCACAGAAGAUCAUGUAUCUGUCUGAGCACUACUUCAGGAAGACUGGGAAACGGCCAAAAGCAAAUGUAAUCUACAACACUUCACUGCCAGUGAUCUUUGGAGUGAAGAAAUAUGCAGAUGUUCUUCUGGAGAUUGUUAAGACCAGGAACAUUGAAGUGAAUUACAGAUUGAAUCUUAUCGAAGUUCACACAGACAAGCAAGAAGCUGUAUUUGAAAAAUUGGACCAUCCAGGGGAAACCAAGACAUUUCAGUACGAGAUGCUACAUGUCACUCCUCCAAUGGCACCUCCUGAAGUGAUUCAGAAAAGUCCAUUAGCUGAUGCAGGAGGCUGGCUUGAUGUAAACAAAGAGAAUCUACAACACUGCAGAUACUCCAAUGUGUUUGGUAUUGGAGACUGCACCAAUUUGCCAACAUCGAAAACUGCAGCAGCAGUCGCUGCACAGUCUGCAGUGCUCAGUAAGACCAUUUCAUUGGUAAUGAAGAACCAGAAGCCAACACAUAAGUACGAUGGCUACACGUCCUGCCCACUGGUUACUGGUUACAAUCGCUGCGUGUUAGCCGAGUUUGAUUAUGAAGCACAGCCAUUGGAGACCUUCCCUUUUGACCAGGGCAAGGAGAGGAGGAGCAUGUUCCACAUGAAAGCAGAUCUCAUGCCCCCUCUUUAUUGGUAUGCGCUCCUCAAGGGACUUUGGGGAGGUCCGAAACCUCUGAGAACAUUGAUGCACCUUGGUAUGAAGUAAAGGAUGUUCUUCAAUUGUAAUCUCUGUUCAGCAACCACGAACAUCUCUCUCAUGCACUGGUCCUCUCUGAACUGAACUGCAAAACUAUACGGGUAUUCUGGCAUUAUCCUGUGAAUUCAAAAUGAAAUUACUGAAUAGUUAUCCAAAAUAAUAAAAUUCCUUCAACUUGCUGGAGCUAGAUGCUAGAAAUAGUUUUGUAAUUGUGCAUCUCAUCAAUAAGGUUUGUUCCAUUUUCUUCAGCAUUGACUGUAGUUCAUGUUCUAAGCUCAGAAUUAGAUCCAGUGUUUGCCACUUAAUGAGCAAACACUCCUAUCAUUAACAAAACCGUCACUUAUUCUUCCAAAAGUGUUCCUAAUUUUCAUUUUAAAAGCAGAUCAACGUACAAACACUGCUUGCUGUUUCAGAUCAUUGGCCUGAAAGCUUCUGCUGAAAAUUUAAACUCUAAUAUUAAAGCUGCAAAAUUCAGAAGGAGAACAGUCAAGAAACUACGAUUGUUCAGAACUUUGACUAUAAUAAACAAUAAAGUUGCAUUUCUACCAUUUA